AUGGCGGAGCCCUUUGGGUUGGGGGAUUCCGCAUCCGACUCGAUCCCACCGGAGCCCCCCUCCGCCUCCCACGGGCCGCGGCGCGCCGCGGCGCGCGCGCGCGUGCAGGCCGAGAUGCGGAAGAGGAUGGAGAGCGUCGAUGAUCUGAUCGAGGAGGCCAAGCUGCGCACCGUCUGGUGGGCGCUCUGCAUCUUCGCCAUCUCCUACGUCCUCACGCAUACAAGUAAAUCAAUGUGGACAAAUGUGCCCAUGUCAAUCCUUAUACUUGCAUUUCUCCGUAUCUCUCCUUCAAAGUGGAGUUCCGUUGGAGGGAACAGCCUGUACGUAAGCAGACAUAUUUGUCUCAAGCCUCAAAGAGGCAGUUGUCUGCAAAUGAUCAUCGCCUUUUCGACUGUACCACCAGUCUCCAGAUGGAGAAGGAAAGUUGGUUCACCUUCUGUUGAGGCUGCUUUUGAAAGUUUCAUUGAGAAUAUUUUGCGAGACUUUGUUUUAGACUUGUGGUAUUCAGAUAUUACUCCUGACAGAGAGGCCCCAGAACUGAUACGUGGCUUAGUACUUCACGCUCUUGGUGAAGUAUCAGGCAGGGUGAAAGAGAUGAAUCUAGUUGACAUGCUAACAAGGGAUAUGGUUGAUUUGAUUGAGGAAAGAGAUGAGAGACUGAAGCAGCACCUAAUAGUUUCACAGGAACUUCAUCCAGCACUGUUAUCUUCAGAGCAUGAGUACAAGGUUCUUCAAGAAAUCGUUGGGGGCAUUAUGGCUCUAGUUUUGAGACCACAAGAUGCACAGAGUCCACUAGUUCGCUGUUUCUCCAGGGAACUGAUGACGUGCCUAGUCUUGCAGCCUGUUAUGAACUUCGCAAGCCCUGUCUACAUCAACGAGUUGAUUGUCUACCUUCUAAACAACAAAGAUACAGGUAAUGUUGGAGGAAAUACAAACAUGGCUAAUACGGAAGUAGUGCCUUACAAAGGAGGUUCACAAGGUUGUCAAACGGAAUCAAGGAAUUUGACUGUAGAACCUAGCAGCUUAGUUCCACCAAAUAAUUCUGGGAUGAGGUCACUUGUUACUUCUGAAUGUGGAAAGUCGAAAGUGUCAGAGGAUGACAAUGACAGUACCAUCCAACCUCGGCAGCCAGACUGGGCUGUGGUAUUGGACGCAGCUACUAAAAGGAGGUCAGAGGUUCUUGCCCCUGAGAAUCUUGAGAACAUGUGGGCAAUCGGAAGAAAUUAUCAAAAGAAAAUGAUUAAAGUAGACCAAUCAUCUAGGUUGAAAGGUUCUGGAGGUUCAGAUAACAGUCCAAGUGCAGGGGCAGUGGCUAAAGAGCUAUCCUCUAACUUCAACGAGAGAAUUGCAUCUGUUGAUGAUAAAUACAUGGUCAAUUUGAUGCAAAGUAAAAAUAGGAAUGCUCAAUCUACUUUCGUCACAGGUAGUCAUCCACUUGCUCUACAAAAUACGAAUGAAGUGAAACCAAAAGAGGGGAGUCAAGUUCAUUUCAGCAGCAAGGAGAAACCACAUGAAACCAGCAACAGUGUAAAAGCUCAACUAAAACGAUCUAAUAGUACUCCUGAUAUUGAGAAAAGAUAUUUGGCAAAAAGUAACCAGCCCAUGGUUCCCAGUGAAAUGCUAAAUGUGAGGAAAAAUCAGGAUGAGAGAGGUGCCGGUCCUGCCUCACAUGUUGAGGUGCUAAUGCAUGUUCCGAAGAUAAGAUGCCGGGUUGUUGGUGCAUAUUUUGAGAAACUAGGUUCAAAAUCUUUUGCAGUUUAUUCUAUCGCGGUGACUGAUGCGGAUAACAAGGCCUGGUUUGUGAAAAGAAGAUACCGGAAUUUUGAACGUCUUCAUCGACAACUGAAGGAGAUACCUAAUUAUUCAUUACAUCUGCCUCCAAAGAGUUUUCUUUCGUCUAGUGUUGAUGAUUACCUUGUGCACCAACGAUGCAUUCUCCUGGACAAAUAUCUUCAAGAUCUCUUGUCUAUAGCUAAUAUUGCAGAACAGCAUGAAGUUUGGGAUUUCCUGAGUGCAUCCUCAAAGAAUUACUCUGCUGGAAAGUCCACCUCUGUUAUGAAAACCUUGGCUGUUAAUGUUGAUGAUGCAAUGGAUGACAUUGUUCGACAAUUUAAAGGAGUUUCAGAUGGUUUGAAACGGGCGGUCGGCACAUCACCUUCUAGCGCAACUGCCCAAUUUGCAGAUAAUAGGAUGUCUCUAUCUUGGAACCAGGAAGAGAAAGAUAACCACAACUUGCAUCAAAGAAGCUUGGAAAGUGCUCAUAGCCUUUCAGAUGGUGAUAGUAACUACGAAGAUCACACCUCAUCUAUGAAUAGUGGAUGCCAUUCAGACAAUGAGGUCAAUAAUAGAGGCCAUACUUCAAAUGAUGUUAAGCACAUCAAAACAUACUCCAGUUUGGAUAAACAAGCCAGUGACCAAAUAGGAAAACCUACAAGGGCAUAUUCUGAUUCUUCAAACAUGUCAUCUCUAAAUACAUACGAGGAUCCAACAGGAAUUCCUCCUGAGUGGAUGCCAACAAAUGUUAGUGUGCCUUUAUUGAACCUGGUUGACAAGGUAUUCCAGCUAAAGCGACGGGGUUGGAUACGGAGACAGGUUCUUUGGAUAUCAAAACAAAUUUUGCAGUUGGUCAUGGAAGAUGCAAUCGAUGAAUGGAUCAUAAGACAAAUCAAUUGGCUACGAAGAGAAGAUGUCAUUGUACAGGGAAUACGUUGGAUUCAAGAUACCCUUUGGCCAAACGGUAUAUUCUUCACCAAGUUGGAUGGAUAUAAGGGGAAUGCAGGCACAAGUCAAUUUGACAAGCAGUCAUUUUGGAGUCCCAACCAGGCUGUUGGCAACAAAAAGAGCACAAGCUCUUUUGAACUUCAGCUUGAGGCAUCCAGAAAUGCCAGUGAGGUCAAAAAGCUUCUUUUAGAUGGAACUCCAUCGACCUUGGUCAGCAUAAUUGGAUACAAGCAGUACCGACGCAGCGCAAGGGACAUGUACUACUUCCUCCAAUCCAACGUCUGUAUCAAGCAGCUCGCAUAUGCAAUGCUAGAGCAGGUCCUUGUGACAGUCUUCCCAGAGCUUCGCCAGCUAAUAGACGACAUACAUGAGAAAGGCCGCAAAGAGCAGGCCUCAUUCACAUACCAACUCUGA